UAUUUUCUUACUUUAACACUCAUGCUCAAUUCGCAAAACACUCUCUUCAUCAUUCUGAAUUUGAGUUAACCAGUGAUGCUGAAAUUCUUGACUACCACUGCUCUUGUUUGCAACAACAACAACAACACUAUGUUCCUCCUACUCACAACACCAUCUGCAAAACACUACUACCCAUCCAUUUUCAACUUCUUCUCCACUUCCACCACAAACCCACAAUCUUUCACCGUCUCUUACCUCAUCAACAAUUGCGGUUUCUCCCUAGAAACCGCUUCCAAAGCUUCUCACACUCUCACUCUCUCCAACUCCCAAAAACCCGAUUCAAUUCUCGCCUUCUUCACUUCCCACGGCUUCUCCGUCUCUCAACUUCGCGAUAUCAUCAGAAGGGAGCCCUGGAUACUCUCAUGCGACCACACCAAGGUAGUUUUACCAAAGUUUCGAUUUUUACUUUCCAAAGGUGCGUCUUCCUCUGACAUUGUUCGUAUUGUCAAUGCAAGCCCUAGACUUCUUAGAAGAAGCUUAGAGAAUCAUAUAAUUCCUGCCUAUCAAUGUGCAAAAGGGUUUCUUCAAUCCGACAGAAAAACCAUUGCUUGUGUUAAACGUUUUUGUUUUCUUGGUCAAAGUGGUGUGCCCGAAAAUGUCAAAUUGUUGCUUGAUAAUGGAGUUUCUCACUCAAACAUUGCUAGAUUGUUUCAUUGGUGGCCUAGUAUAUUUUGUUCCUUUGAUUUGUUGAGCACUGUUGAAGAACUCAAAGAACUCGGUUUCGACGGCUCGACUUCGGCUUUUAGUAAGGCCUUUCUCGCGAAGAGAAGUGUCACUAAAGCAAAGUGGGACGAGAAAGUUGAAACCUUUAAGAAAUGGGGUUGGUCUGAUGAACAGAUUCUUCAAACAUUUAAGAAGCAUCCUUUCUGUAUGCUGGUAUCGCCUCGGAAAAUCAAUGCCAUCAUGGAUUUUUGGGUUCAUCACUUAGGUUUGGAUUCUUUGGACCUUGCCAGAGCUCCUGGGAUUCUUCAAUGUAGUCUCGAGAAGAGGAUUAUUCCUAGGGCUUUGGUUGUGCAGUUUCUUAUCUCGAAAGGUCUGCGACGAAAGGAUGCGGGCUUGUAUACACCGUUUGUUCUAUCGGAGAAGUUGUUUGUGGAGAAGUAUGUGAACGGUUUUGAGGAGCAUUCUUCUGAUCUGUUGAAGCUUUAUGAGGAAAAACUGAAUAUUGCAGAUAGCAGCAACGGGCUUCAGCUGGUGUGAAACAUCUUGAUCAAGUUUUGGUUUGAUUUAACUAAUUGGAAAGAUACUGACAUGCCCUACUAGGACCAUCCCUGUGAACUAAGCCAUUGCUGCGUUGUUUCGUACUUGGCCUAGGACAUAUUGCUCUUCCCUCUUGUUGAACACUGUUGAGGAAUCGAAGCCAUUGGAUUUUGCGUUUCAAUUCUUCAACUUCAGCUUUUGGGGUUGCGUUGAUUGCCAAGAAAAGUAUGAACAAAACUAGGUGGACUGAGAAAGUUGAAACCUUAAAGAAAUGAGGUUAGUCUGAUGAGCAAAUUAUUCAUGCAUUUGAGAAGCUGCCUUAUAGUAUGCUGUCUGUCAUUCACUUAUAAAAUCAACGCAGUCAUGAGUUUGUCGGUUGACCGCUUAGGUUUUGAUUCUUCAGUGCUCCAAGUAUUGUUCUACCGGGUCGCAAAAUGAAGCUUAUUCUGAGGGAUUGGUUCUGCAGUUUUUGUAUUCAAAGGUCUAAGGUAAAAAGAUGCCAGCAUAAGUACACCGUUUGCUCUUUUGGAUUACUUGUUCUGGAAGGUUUGUGAAAUCCGUAAAGAAGGAUUCAUCUCUUUAGUUCAAGUUUCUCAUUGAAAAAAUGAAUCUGGCAAAUAGCACGGCAGUGCCUUCAUCAAGUGUUAUUGUGAGUUGGCUGUCAUAUCGGCGACACUGAUGCUUGUUGUUAUAUUUAAUUUAUUUAUUUUAAGUUAUUAUCGAUAUUGACGUGUCAGGAUCGGUGUCGUGUUUUUAGUGUCUGUUUUUCAUAGUAUACCAUUGAAACAUUGUGUUGAGCAUUCGAUUAAAGCAUGAAGAGUACAAAAGACUGGUUUUUCAAAAGCCUAAA